AAGUGUACUGUUCGAAAAAAACCUUGCGAAAUUCAUCAAAUUGGCAUCAUUAGUUAAUUAUCUGUAUGCAUUAACAGCGUCCUCGAUAAAGGAAGGCCCUAGGUCUUGUCAUCUCUGAUUGCUGAGGAACUUCAGAAAGUGUAUUAUAGAGUAAUUUACAAGAUGGCAAUGCAGGAACGGAGACAAGCAGCAGAGGUGUUGGAAGCAGAGGAUGAAACUUUUGGACCACUUCCUCUCAGCAGGCUGGAGGCAAAUGGCAUCAGUGCAACAGAUGUAAAGAAAAUGGAAGAUGCUGGCUUUUUUACUGUAGAAUCUGUGGCUUAUACCCCAAAGAAAAAUCUUCUGUCUAUCAAAGGAAUUAGCGAAGCUAAGGCUGACAAAAUCUUGGCAGAAGCUGCUAAACUAGUUCCCAUGGGAUUUACUACAGCAACAGAAUUCCACCAGAAAAGAUCUGAAAUAAUUCAAGUUACCACAGGAUCCAAGGAGCUCGAUAAACUCUUACAGGGUGGGAUCGAGACUGGCUCUAUUACAGAAAUAUUUGGAGAGUUCAGAACAGGAAAAACACAGAUUUGUCAUACCUUAGCUGUUACCUGUCAGUUACCCAUUGACAUGGGAGGAGGAGAAGGAAAGGCACUGUAUGUAGAUACAGAGGGAACAUUUAGACCCGAGCGUUUACUGGCUGUCGCAGAAAGGUAUGGUCUAUCUGGUAGUGACGUGUUGGAUAAUGUGGCCUGUGCCCGAGCCUAUAACAGCGAUCAUCAGUCACAACUUCUUGUACAGGCUGCAGCUAUGAUGUCAGAGUCCAGAUAUGCUUUACUGAUAGUAGACAGUGCUACAGCACUGUACAGAACUGAUUAUUCAGGGAGAGGAGAGCUGUCUGCGAGACAGAUGCACCUUGCACGUUUCUUGAGGAUGUUACUUCGGCUGGCAGAUGAGUUUGGUGUGGCAGUUGUGAUAACAAAUCAAGUGGUAGCCCAGGUGGAUGGUGCAGCCAUGUUCUCAGCUGACCCCAAGAAACCCAUAGGAGGGAAUAUAAUAGCCCAUGCAUCCACUACAAGGUUAUAUCUAAGGAAAGGAAGAGGGGAAACCAGAAUAUGUAAGAUAUAUGAUUCUCCCUGUCUACCAGAGGCAGAGGCCAUGUUCGCUAUUAAUGCAGAUGGUAUUGGUGAUGCUAAAGACUGAGGCGGAGAGAGGGCUGGAGAUACUGAUAAUGUUGCUGGAAUUUACUGCCCUACAUGUACUUUAGAUAUCAGAUUUCUUCUUAUAUAACUUAGAAUUGACAGUACAAACAUAAACAAGACCACAACCAAUGUGAAGCUGGUGAUGUGGAACCACACUAUUUCACAGGAUGGAUAUGAAUCUUGUUAGUGUGUAGCUGGUGAUGUGGAACCACACUAUUUCACAGGACGGAUAUGAAUCUUGUUAGUUUGGAGCUGGUGAUGUGGAACCAAAGUAUUUCACUGGAUGGAUAUGGAACUUGUCAGUGUGGAGCUGGUGAUGUGGAACCACACUGUUUCACAGAAUGGAUAUGGAACUUGUUAGUGUGUAGCUGGUGAUGUGGAACCAAAGUAUUUCACUGGAUGGAUAUGGAUUGUGUCAUUGUGUAGCUGGUGAUGUGAAGCUAAAGUUUGU